AGCCUUCCGUUUCUGUAGCCUGCGUGGUUUCAUAUUGUAAGUACGGUUGUCGUAGAAGGCGAUAAGUGGUAAGGAUGCAGCGAGUGGCCAGCGGUUGUAGCUAGCCUAGACGUGUUCAUGAUGGGCCCAGCGGCUGCUGUGGUGCUGCUUUGGGCGUGCUUUGUGCAGCCGACGCCGGCGCAGCUGAUCAUCAACGUGCGCAACGCGGGAGGCGACCUGCUCCGCGAGCGGCUGCUAGCCAACACCAGCGACGAGACCAUCACACUCGAGUUCCAAAGGGCGGAUGGCACGCACGUUACGCAGCUCAUCGACUUCCGUGCGGAGGUGCAGGUGUUCCGGGUAGUGGUCUUGGCCGAGGAAGAGCAAGGUCACAGGGAACCUCAGGUGCUGUGCUUCCUCAUUCGCUUCAACCGCUUGGGCUUCAUCUCGGUUGAUGCCAUGUCCAAGUUGCGGCAGCGUAACCCUUUGGCUGAACGGGAACCUGAGGAUGACCGUGGCCGUGAGCUGGUGCAGCUGGACCUGAGUGUGGACUUGUCCCGUGCGGGCCUCAUUUCUCCGCAUGUGGCCACGUUGUGUGCCGACGCCCCCCAGGCGACCUUCGCUCGACAAGGGGACAUGCAGGCAUGGGCUGCUUCACCUGCACGCCAAGCGUCUGGCCAGGACCCACUUUUGCUGGCAACUGCUGUACGGCCGGCACCAGGAACAACGGAAGCAGCUGCGGGGCUGCGCUGUGGUGCCCUGUCUCACACGACGUCUGGCCCAUGUGGCUGUCAUUUGCAGCUGUGCGUUGCCUGGUUUCCAUGUGGCCUCAAGUGGUGCCGUGACGCACGCCGUGCUGCCUUCCGCUGCGGCAUUCGCUCGUGCCGCAAGUGCCGAGAAUUUCGCUUUCCCGUGACCGACCGCAUGCAGUGCCUCUGGGACGAUGCCUCUGCUUCCUGAUGGUUGCUGGCGUCGCUUGCCCACCAUAGGCGGCCUUAGGGACAAAGCUUUGGCAAGCACAGUCUCCAACAUUCCCAGCCUUAGUUGUGGCCGAGAUGCAGCUGGUAGAAUUCUACAGUCGACUCCCGUUAAUUCUAUGACUCAAUUCUACAGCUACAGCUGCUGUAGACCCUCCCUCAGCUCAAAAGGGUAUACAGUAGGCAUUGAGCAUGGCCAAAGCCCAGGUCAAUGCACAAGCACAGCAGUGUUGCAAGGUUCACUUGUUAUUUGCAAGGUUGUCACAAUGUCGACAUAAAGUCAUGACAAGUUUAGUACGAGAUACUACAUGUAUGAAGACAUUCCCUGAGGCAAGACGACUGUUUUUUUUAGACGUAUGAAUAGGCAUAUCUUUAUGUCUCUUACAAAGCCUGAAGUGAUGUGAAGAAAUAUGUGAAACUGAUCAAAACUUUGGUAAGCAGUUCUGCCAUCUGGAUUCUUUGCUAACACUCAUAACAUUUUAAAAUGAAAAGUGUUAAUGAACCAUGUUGCCAUUGUUCAGUGCUCUACAAAUGUCCUUUUGGUUAGCCAUGGUGCAACACUAAGCUCUUGCUCUGCCCCAAAAAGCUGUGAAAUAAGGAUAAUACAUUGCUAACAAUGUGUGCAAGAUGUCUCAACGUGAUUUUAUUUUUGUUGGCUUUGGUGCUUGUAGUGUACAUGUGAAGUGCAAGAGUUGUGGAAGCUACCAUACAUUCAAAGCAACUAAUCAUUUACAAAUCGCAACUGUGCUCGCGUUAGUGCACGCAUAAUUGUUACACUUACACUGUGUAGAGCAGAACACUUUUUUAUUAUUUUGUACAGUUCUUGUAAUUCGCCUGUAAGGCGAUGUUGCAGGCAACUCGUGGCAUGUCAUGAUCAAACACACAGUGCGUAGAGCUGGUGAUGUGCUAGCAUUUAUGAGAUUCGGAAAAAGGUCUGAAAUGAAUCCAAAGUGGCAAAUAGGGCAUUUUACAUUCAACAGUUUGUCAUAACCUACACAAGAACACAAAAAAAUUGCCGGUAUUUGGUCUAUUCGGCUGAGCAUUGGAGCUUUUGUUAAGCAGCAUGGCUAUGCAAUGAACCCAGACCAUGACAGGAAGUCUAGCAGUUUGUAUGAAUCACUGCGAGUCGACUGUAAGUUAGUUCGUAUGGAAACGGUUUAAUAUUUGGCUCCUUGAGUGGCUAGAGAAACAUACUUGCCUUUAAAGGGAUACUGAACAAAAUUUUCGCCGCCGAGAUAAAUGGCCCAAUUGAAAGAUUGGGUGCUGAAAUUUGUUGAAACAACCUUCAUUUCAGCCAGAGACAAGCAGAAAAUAAUGAAUUUAAUGCAUUUUUCGCAAAUUGGCGCGUCUAGCGGCCGCACCGCAAACUAGAGAGGAAGUGACGCAAAAUUCGGUGGAUACUGACUCGCCAACCGUGCUCGCUGCAAAAUCGCUUACCAAUCGACAUCGCAAGCCGCCACCCGCUGCCGCGCAUCUCUCUCAAAACGUGUUCUCACGGUCGGGAAGGUGUUCUUGAGAGGAGAGGUGGAGAAAGGGAAGUGGCAGGGCAGGAGAGAGCGUGCCGGUUGCCCCCCUCUUGCUGGAGCAUUCGACGUCACGGCCAUCGACAAGCGCACUGGUGUGCAGCCGCUGCGCUCUCACAAUCCACUAAAAAUACAGCCAACUGCUCGAAAUUACGUGAAAUAAACGCUGUUUAUAGGAACAGUCGUGUCGUCCGAGUCGAAUGCAAGUGUUUUCGUAGCUUUUUAAAUUUUUUGUUCAGUAUCCCUUUAAGCCAUGUGUGAUGCAGCUGGUGCAUGGAAAAGGUCUUGGGGCACAAGUAAGGUUCUGUGCUUUAAGACGAAUCUGACAGAAUUUGAAAAAGCAUUUACAUACUGUGUGCCUUCAUCAGGACAUAUUGAUAACUGUGGCUCCAAAGUCUGAUCCCAGAGCUAAUCGCUGCAAUAUAGAAUACUCAGCAAAAAUGCUGCUGUAUUUCAUGUACACUGAAGCAUGGCUUUGUGGAAGCUUGUCAAUGCUGUGCCUAUAAAAAUAUUAAUAUAUAAAUAAAAGACGUUCUCAGUGUUUGCUCCAGAAUAAUUUAGAAAAACUCAGAACCCUUGGUGUGAUUCAAGAAAAAGGCAAAUGACGAAGGGCGAAAAGAAAAGAGAAAAUGUCACAAUGUUGAGUUUUUCACUGAAAACUUUUGAUUACUUUUGGUGGAAGUGUAGAGUGAUGUGUGUGAGGAUUCAGUGUGCAGCAGACUUUUUUAUUUUUAAAUAGUUCUCUUUGCAAAUGCUGUCGUCUUGCAGUAUGGUCACAAAUGAUUUUUUCAGGUAAAAAGGGUGCUUCAAAGUGUCUGAAGAAUAUUGGGCAGUCUGUAAAGCAAAGUACAAGAGAAUGUCAUUCUUAGGGCUGUUUAAAUGGUGAAAUUUACGAAUCAGAAUACAAGAGUUGGAAUUCCAUUUACAUAAGUAGCUUAUCGAUGAGCGAAAGAUGCCAUGUCGCCCCAGUUCCUGGUUGUCUGAGGGUGCUCCUUAGUGGUCGUUGGACCAUAUUUGUAAGGGAAAAAAGCCAGAGAAAUCUGUUAUGAGUGAGUGGCACCUUUGCUGCAGCCGAAAGCCAACAUUGUCCACGUAGUCUUCCACACAAGUGCAUGAAAAUACUUGAUGCAACGCUAUUGUUGCAGUGAUCACGGGUCAGAACUUGCAUAAAUGGUGAGCAACUGCUUGUAGCAGUCCACAUAGGCACAGUUUAUUUGGCAGGCAGCGUCCAGUAUUCUUAUUAAUAACAUUUAUUCAGCCACAGUGAUAUAUGAAAUUCUGUAAUUCAGGUCAGUCGAUGCCCAUUACAACAGAUCAGCAUGCAACACGAUUUCCAAUAUAGCAGACCAUUCUUCUCACUUGGUUUGGUUAGCCUAUAAUAUCAAGCAAGAGAUUCCACUUUUAGUAAUCUAUCUGCUGCAGUGGAUGAUAUUUUUGGCAGAAUUUGUCUAAGUGAUGCAUCUACACCAUACCUUGUAGAUGUAUGGAUGUGGACGGUGUAGAUGCAUCGUCUACGCCAUACAGAUUCUUUCCAUUACUAAUGCAGCAUAGUGAAGCAACAGAUAUGCGAGAGCGCAAGUGCGUGUUUCGAAAAAGUCAUAAGAUUGCUUGCCAACAGAAAUUUCUAGCUUUUGCAUUUUGCCUUUGUUCAUUUGAUGCUGUUUAGAGCAGCCUGAAUAGUUGAGCAUGUCUGUAAUUCACUCGAUAUGGAAAGGUCACACAAAUAAGUCCCAAUGCGUAUGAUGGGGAAGUUUACUUUUUCCAGAGCUUAAGCUUGGUGCUAUCAUUUUUUUGUUUACACUUUUUGUGGCAGUGUACUGAGAGUUGUUUUAUCAUGAAAGGUAUCGUCACAGAAUUGUGUUGAUGGUGAGAAACUAUAUGCGUAGUUUGACUAAAGGAAAACGGGGAACAGAAUAUGAUGCAGUAAUGAAGCAAGAGAUGCUUCCCCAACUUGCACAUGAAGUACAAGCAGAAGAUAGUAGUAAGCAAAAUCUACUAGGAAUUGUCGUAGACAUAAAACAUCUUUGGAAAUUUCUGUACAAGGUAUGGUCGUUAUGUUUGACACUAUUUUGGAGCUUUUAUUUAUGGCAACGCUACUGAUGAAGAAAACAUUCACAUGCUGUUAGAUUUCUGGAAAAUUAAUUUUAUGGUAUCUUUCAGUAGGUGGAAUGCCGCUUCAACCACCAAUGUCACGUCUUGUUGAAUGUUUUCUAGGUCGUACAUUUAUUUAUACAUGUGUGCCUGUAAUGAUUUAUUUAACAGUGUUAAUUUAAAACUAUUUACACUGAUUUUCAUUCAACACAGUGUGAAUGCCUUUGUUAAUUUCCUACUAGGAUAGAGGAAAACGACAUACAGCCCACCUUUGCAUUUUUGCAUAUCAAAUGCUGCAUAGAUCAGUGUCAGCUAUACAUAACACUUCUGGCUGAAUCCUGCACAUUUCAUAGUGCAAGUAUUUUAACAUCAUAUCUGGGAGCAGAACUAAUGAGAAAGGCAUGUCUGCUAUUCCCGACAAAAAAAAAAAUAUGCAUUUCUCAGAAAAACAGUGAUGGUGCCAUCUGUUACUGUCACAAUAAAAGUACUCCAUCUGCUGUGCUUAGUUCUAACAAUUACAUAACAUCUCGAUGCUAUGCUGAAGUCUUCUGUAUGGCAAUGCCAUGGACGAUUUAUGUACACCUGUUUUGUUCUUAGCCGGAAGGUUCAUACAUGCCCAGCAUUCAUAUUCACACAACUCACAGCAUGUUUGCACUGCCUGAGGGUGAGGAGGGAGAGUAGCUGUGCUUUCUACUUACGUGGCUGUCGUGGCAUUAGAUUUGAGACAUAACCGAAAAUGCUAUUUGUGAAAGCAGUUGUUGCCAGCGCCUCAGUGCUUGUGUGUAGAGAAGUGUGAAAAGUUCUGCAGUUCAGUGAGCAUCGCUGGCAUUAUGUACAUCGCAGAAUGAAGGGCUUGAUUGCACUGCUGUUUCUGUGGCCAAAUGUGGUACUCUCUGCACAUUAGCGAUAUUGUCGUGCCAUGUGAGAGGUGCUCAGCCCUGAAGUCAGUACAAGUAGACAUGUACCUAUCAUAUCACCAUUCUUAAGACAGAAGUCUCGGAAUUGCAUGGAGUACACAGAAAAACAGAAAUGUGCCACAUUUUAUCCAUCUAGAAGAAAAACAGUGCUACUUAACGCACGGCUCUGUCAUCAUGUGUUUCUCUCGGAGAAGGAUCCAUACCAACGAGCUCUCAUUCAAACCCCUGUAAGCCUCAUUUUAUGUAAUGGUCCUUUAUGGCUAACACUUGAAAUGUGAAAAUUGCAACACGAUAUGAGCACUAUAGUUGCUCGCCUAAGGAGUGUGGCGAGGUAGCAUGUUCAACUCUGGCCAUGUGUUAGUGAAUUCCUGCAGAGGAACUGUAACAACUAUGGUUUCCUGCCACUUGUAGGCUUCUAAGUCAACAAAUGUGUGUUUGUACUUACAACAACAACAACAAAAAGUGACUUCUGUGUGUAGAUUCUUGCUCAGAAUUUGUAAGAUAUGACCGGUGUAAAGCUUGUGGGCCACAUGUGUGUGAGUGAUUGCCUGGAUCUAUGCUUUUCUCACUUAUAUUGAUAUCUCCUAAAUGCCACAACUCUGCAAUCUUACAAGUCUCACCGUGCCUUUGUUGUAAGUGUGCCGAAGUAAACACACUCCUGGUCUUAAAGUACCGCUGGCAUAACAGACACUUUGCCAGGUCUGUGAGGCUUGGUCCAGACUUCUAGGCAUUUGUCUCAUCGUAGACAUGAAGAUAUCUGCCCCUGGUGUUCAUUCCUCCGGCCACCACUCGCAGUGCACAAUAGUUUACUUGUUCAUAACACAGUUGAGUUUUUCCAUUGGCUAUGCAUGCAAGUGAAAACUCUGUGAUGAGAUAUUCAGCACUGUUUGAACUUUUUAUAUUACAGUGGCAAAGUAUCAUGAAUAUGAUGUGUCCUGGCACAACCUAUUUGCUACCUGUACAUGACAUUGUUUGAAGUGGGGUAUUCUGUGCAUGGUGGUUGUACAGGUGUAGUUAGCUCCAUGUGCUGAGCAACACACUGUUUCCAUUGUGCUCAUAUAUCUGCAUUUGGAGCACUACUGUAGCAUUUUACUCUUUAACAGCAAUGUUCCACAGUAUGUCUCUGACAUUGUAGUUGUUGUUGAGCUACAAGCUCAGUAUAGUUGAGAAUAGCCUAGUGCCAUGUGUUGAGAGCUCAGUAAAGCUGUCACCUUUAGUCUGUUCAAAUUAGUGUUGACCUAAGUUUGAUCUUUAAUAACUGUAUUAUUAUUAUUGACUAUUGAGACUUUGCUGGUCGGUUCUUCUCACUUGGUUUGAGCAGUUGAUACUCAAAUUCGUCGCGUGUUUAGAUAUUAGUUCUCUGUUAUAGCAGGUUUUGUUAAAAGGAAAGACUUGCACAAUUAUUUGUAGUAUACGUUAACCUUAUUUUUUUCAGACGUCUAUGAAUGUCUCUUUUCAUCUGCUCUUGGCCACACAAGCUACAAAUCUUUUAUACCGCUUGCACCAAGUAAGCAGGAUGUUCCAUGUAACUGAAAGCCUUGCUUGAAUUAACCAUUUAAAAAAAUGCACCACAAAUAUCGCAGAUCAACAAACAUUUUUACUGGUUUGGUAUGGUCAAAAUCAUAAGCCAUUCAAGUUUCGAUUAUAAGAAGUUGACUGUUACACAAGGGCAAUGCAUUUGUACAUGUACUUGCAAAGCGAUAUUUUGUGUCCUUGCAGAUAUAUGCCAGCUUAGACAUAACAUGGGUGUGUGUUGCUUAUUGUUUCAUGUGUUUGUGUACUGCUACACAUCUGGCAUUUCAUACAAAGUGUUGUUCUUCCCUGCAUGACUGGCUACAAGGAGUGUUGCAUGAGUAACAUAUGGCCUUGCUUUUGAGAGGUUUUUUAUGCACUGAUAUGCCUCAGUGCCCUUUUUUUUGGGGGCUGUUUCAAUUUAGGCAGCUCGCUACAGAAGGUGCAGCCCUGCCCAUUUUUGACAUACCACAUUGUCAAAGCAGCCAGUGCAGCUUGCUAUAAUUUAAAUUCCAGUGUUCAUACAUAGCUCGACUAAUUGUGAUGCUUGUGCAUUGCUCUUCAUUUUUGAGAACAUUUUGUAGGGGCCACUGCAAAUGCCUCAGCAUCUCUAGUCACAUGUAAUGUUUUCAUGUUAGCCACUCUUGCCACUGGACAAACUUAGGGAACCUAUACAAUGCAUGAUUAAAGUGAAGCUGGUAGGAAUGAUGUUGUAUUUAUAGCUUAUCAUUCGUUUGGUCUUAAAUUUAAUCCACUGUCUGUUGCUGAACAUUGUGAGUGCCAUAAUAUCUCGAGCCAUCGCUCAUGCUCUUUGUAAACACGGUCUGAAGAAUGGGAUGGCAGGCAGUCUCUACAUCUGCAAGCACAUAAUGCCUGUAGCCAAAGAAGAAGAUUCAGCGAGAGUAACCUGUAAUUGAUAUGACCUAAGCAAUGUCCAAGCAAACUUUUAUCUGAACUUCAUUCCCAUUGAAGCGCCCAAAGGAAGCACACCAUUCAAUGCGGAGAAAGUCCAAGCUUCUGAGCGUCCCUUAUUUCUGGAUGACUGCAACAGAAGUGCUUUCAUGAAGCCCACAUGUAGUGUCUGCAUAUUACGUCCUCUCAGGCUUACUUUUAAUGUUCCCACCAAUGGACAAGAAAAAAAUAUUAUAGGGCAUCAUAUAGAAUGCUACGGCAACCAUCUACUAACCAAGAUAUAUGCCACAGGCCACUUUAGUGUGGCAAAUAACGUGAAUUACAGGUACCAAUGAAGAGGUUCUCUACGUAGCUUCAAUGAAUUUCCCUGUAUCACUGCUUUGAAAUCAGUCUUGCAUCAGAAGGCCCUCGGUGUAACUAUUAACUGGUGCUCUUACAUGCAUCAAAUAGUAUGCUAUUUUCGAGACAGUGUGUUGACUAUACGAGGUGUAUAUCUGUUAGAAUUUAAUUUCCGUAACAGUGAAGGAUCUCCUGAACUGUUCUAGAUGUUCUUGCUGCAAAUUCCAAUUUUUCCUUUGCAAAGUUUGCAAGUUUGGGAUAUAAUGUAUAAAUUUGGACAUCAUAAGAACACUCAAUCAUGAUUAAUUCUGAACGGGUAAGGAAUGUGCAAGUGAGUUUACUAUGAAGUAAUGUAUACAACUGCUGCUUAAAUUUGUGCGAGUUGUAGCAGGGCAGUUGGUAGAUCAUCAAGCCUUUGUUACUCAUUGGGUAGACAAUGUAUCAGUGAAUUUUAUUAAAAAAAGUGUUGGGGUUGACUACAUGCGAUUUUACAGUAGAUUUGACCCUGAAACUGGUUGUAAUGGCAAUAAUUGCAUUAUUUUGUUAGCAGGAUUCUUGUUUUCAGCUUCAAAUAUACUGAAAAUAUUAGUUGCAGUGUCUUCUUUUAAUAUGCCCUUUUUUAACAAUUAAAAUGAAGAGAGAGUUGCUUGGGAGUAGAUUGCAUAUUGACUAUGUGGAGGUCACAAACUGUGUCACGAGCAGCUGGUACUAUAUCUGCAUCAUAAUGAAAGGGUGUUUUUUUUUUUUACUGUAGCUUUUAUACCCAAUUAUCUCCAGACCAGUUGGCCAUUUAUCACCCAUGGAUGCAAUUACUUCAAGAAGCUUGAGUGAUAAGAAGUCGUCACCUUUAGUGCCAUUGCAAGCCUGUAAGUUCAUGGUCAUUGUUAGCUGAACACUCGCUAGUGUUCUGCAAGCAGCCAAUUUUUUAGUAUUUUUUUUAUGUCCAUUGUGAAAUAGAGCAUGUCGCGAAGGCUUACUCACCUUUGAAUUUCACAAUUAUGCUGGUUUGCUCUGCUAUGUCAUUUUGAUGGGCCUGUGAAAUGCAUGUGUGUGUUUAAGCUAUCGCAAUCUACACUGGGUGUGAAUGUAUAAAGGUGUUCCUGUUUGCAUAUAACGAAAUGGUAAAAAUUUAUAGCAAGUCUGAAGUUUUCAACACUCAAUACUAGUAUAUUUUGUUGCACAUAGCUUAAUGAUGCAUGGUGUAUUUUAUUAGACCAUACAGAUUUUUCAUAAAAAGGCUAUGAAAGUAACAAAUCUGAUGUUUAUGCAGGGGAAUUCAUUCCUAGGCAAGAGGCACAUACUUUGGCACUAAUCAUUCGAGUUUUUAAACUCUUAACAAAAAUAGGUCAAUGAACUUUUUAUUAGCAUCUUAGAAACAAUCAUUUAUAUUGAAAAUUAGGAGGAAGUGACAUUUUAUUGCACCCAACCCUUUUUAUUUUCAGAGUUGUUUGAAGUAAGUUGAAUUUGAGUGUUCAGUCCAGGCAAUAUCUAAUCCAAGCACUUGAAUAGUGCAGAGGAGGCUGCUGCGUUAAAAAAGCACAGUGAAGUUUGAAACAAAACAUUGCGACCAGUCACGGCAGCAAAACUUGCCACAUUGGACUCUGCUACAUUGUGCUAUAUCAGCAUAUUUGCCACAAGAUGUCACCAUUCAAAAUUCGUCAUGGUCCCUUUUAUGCUGCCUACCUAGAGUAUUGCAAUUUUAAAAUGACUAUCUAAAGUUGGAUGCCAUCUGUUAUAUUUUUUAAAAGUGGGGGUGCAUUAAAAUUGUGACUGCCUCCAAAUUUACCACACAGACAACAACCAUCAAGACUAACAUAAAAGUUAAUUAAAUGAUUUUUGUUAACUAUUCCGAAAAUCUCAUUGCAUUACAGGCAAGGAAUGUCGGCCCUGUCUAGGAAUUUCUCUGUAAAAACACCUCAUUGACAACCCUCCAUCUUUUUAUUAAAAAUAAUCUAUAUUUAUUACAAAAGCACCUGGUAUAUGCUUUUUGAGGCCAGUGGUUUUUCCUCUAUCUUAAAUGAGGCAGUCUUGGGUUUGAAGGCACCACAGGUACUAAAUUACUAAUUGUAGCUACAAGCUUGCUAUGCUCUUGAGUCUGGUUUGAACAACAGUGAAUCCAUUGGUAAUAGUACUGUGUAAAUCUGUGCUACUUUGGGCUGUGAUGUGUUUUCGAUGGAAAAACUCCAUAAAAACGGAAGUGUGUUCUUGCAUAACUUGUGUAUUUACCAAAAUUUUCACAGCUGCUGUCUUGCUUUGUAGGCAGUUGGAUUGGUAAUUGCUACCUUUACAAGUUUUCUUGUACUUGUAGAUUUGAUGGCAUAGUGCCACUGGAGCAAGUAGCAUGAAUGAGUCAGUGUCUGUGCAUUGCUUGCUGUCCAAAUAUUGCUCUCUUCCUGCGAGGCAGAAUACAGUGCUAAAUUGAGAAGUGCACUUACAUUUACUUUUGACACAUUUUCCUCUUCAUGGACUGUGUCCAGAGUAAAUAAACUAUCUUUACGCUGACUGACUGACCUGUCAGCUGAAAGCAGCGGAAUUCUCACUGAGGCAAAUACUCUUCUCAGGUGGGUAGUGAAUUCCUUAUUGUAAGUGCAACCUUUUUGUUGUACCAGAUCCUUUGGGAUUAAAGCCCAGUUAGGUAGUCGCAUUUAACACUGCACCUAAAUAGGUCUGCAAGGGAAGUGCAUUAGUUUGCAGAAUGUGCUGUCAUGUGUAGAAGGGUUUUUUUUUUUCGGCAAGCCAUACUCAUGGCCAUCUUUCAUAUGUUAUAUGUAGAUUGCACAUAUUUUCACUGUUCACUUUUAAGCCACUUUGAGUGAUUAGACAUAACAUGGUUAAUCUUUUAGCAGUGUUAUCCUUUUUAAACUUGUUGACAACAGCUACCAACAAUGACAUAUUGCUGUCAGUGUAAUUUGCAGCCUGGCAAAUAUGAAUAUUAUUUGCUGGCUUGUGCACUGCUAAUGAUAUGGCUGUUAUUCCUUCCCUCCUCCUUUCUUUCUUUCACUGAUUGAGCUACUGCCAGUACGUGACUACUUUGUUGAAAAUUUGAAAGGAUUUGAAAAAGUGACCUUGUGUAGUUGCUUUUGUCAAAUUAAUCAUGCCUUUGGGAUUUCUGUUUGUUGUAUUUCAACAGCAGGAGGUGCUGAUACCCCUUAACUACACCAGUGAAUCAGAAAUUCUGGGCAUUGUUACUGCAUUUAACUGGUUGAGAUGGUUUUUUUUAAUGUUAUGUUAGCUUGUGUUCAAACUAACCAUGCCUUUAGGGAGGUAAAGACUAAAGACAUAAUAAAGGCAGCGAAACUGUGCAUGAAUUCAUUUCCUUGUUCAUUUGCUGUCAUAUUAGACCAGGGCAAGCACUCCUUGAACCUUUUCUAUGAUCUGGUCAGCAUGUAGAUAAUGGACUUUGCUGAAGCAUUCACCAUUCUGUUACAUGUUGCCUCUAUCUGUUGACGGGGCGAAUGUGAGGCAACAUUGUCUGACUAGCCCAAGUUACUGAACCCGACUAGGUGUACUGUGGUGUAUGAAAUACAUGUGUGUGUCUGUGCACAGCCAUAUACAAGAACAAAGUGCGUGGCCCUGGUGGCCCGUGUCGAUUGUUUUCAAAGUGUUCUGCCGUUGCUGCUGUCUCGGCACAAGGCAUCCACUUGUAUCAAGGUCUUCCCUCGGCACGUGGUGCCACGUGUGCAGCUGAUGCUGGAGUGCUCUCUUGCAUGCUCUGCCACUGUUGUUGCUAUUUUACAAAAUAAAGUUUCUUUUGUAUGCUAC